ACAAAUGAAGCCAUUGAAAAUAACCGUGCAAGGUAUAUUAUUACGGAGAAUAAGGAAAUAAUGUAACAAAUUGAGAGCAGUGAAACCAUGACUCAACCUCCAAACCAUGAGGAACACACUCACGUUCAUGACAUGAAAGCUUUGAGUUCGGAGGUGUUUGGUCGGAAGUAGAACUCCAACGCUAUUUUUGAUGACUUGAUCGUUCUCUUAACACAUUUUCUAUCACUACCCAUCACACUAUAAAUUAAAAGCCAAGUUCUCUGGAAGCACACCAUCAUCAACCAUGACAAUGUCAAGGGAUUACCUCGGUCUGAUCCUUCUUAUAACCUUUGCUCUUCUCCUCCUCCUCGGACCGAGCCCUUCCCUCUGCUCCCGCUCAAAACUUUCAUCGGAGAAGCUCAAGGGAGAAUUCCCGGUUUCAGCUUCGAUUCUUUCCCGAGCCAAUGGAGAUCAUACCUCAGCUGGUGAUUCCUCUUUGAUGGGUAAGGUGGGUUCUGCAAACUCUAUGGUGGCUGGCUUUUUCAGGUUUAAGUUCCCGUUCUUCGGUUGGCCUUUUUUCCCCAAGUACCAUCCUGUUCCACUCCUGAAACCGGCUUUGCCUUCUGUUCCUACAACUCCGGGAGCUGAGGAGUCUGAGAAGUUACCUUCUUCACCAAGCACAGGCAAGGAUAAUGGUGCUGGACAGAACCCUAAACCAUGAAGAUUAAGAAUGUUGGAACCUUUCUGCAGUCUAAAUUGUAUCAAAUAAAUUGUACCUUACAUUGAUGAGUGUUAUUUGACUUUUAUACGAGAAAUGAACAAAAAAAUGACCCGAGA